AUGGCAAGGACCACCAUGGACAAGGGUGCGCAUUGCAGGACUGGUUGUCGUGGUCUCCUUUCGCUAUCAUUAUGGUCUUGGGUAGUUGAAGUUUGUGUUUUGCAGUCACUGCUGCAGCAUACUGAAGCGUUUAUUGUUUUUCCGUCAACAGGCCGGCGCAACUUCCAAUGCAAAGCUUCAGCUGAAUCGUCAUCCACCUUUUCAACAAAAUCACUACUGGGCCGCGAAGAGGCUCAAUCUGUCAUCAAUAAUGUAUUAAUGCCACAAGACCUAUACGGUGAUCGCAUCGGACUGGGGCGAGAUGCCCAAGGAAUUGAAGCAGGAACCGCAUUGGAUCCAAACGAUCCCCGACUGGCCAUGACCUACGCCGAAUUUCCAUUGACAAGUCUGGACCAAUUAAUAGAUUUGGGCUUGGAGCACAUGCCUUCCAAAUCGCAAGCGGCGUCUCGUCCCACCACCUGCAUGAUUGAUCUUGGAUCUGGUUGUGGUCGGAUCGGCUUGUACCUUGCCAUGACACGUAGAGGAGGAAAUCCUGAUGAUAGUAGUAGCAGUAGUAGUAGCAAGGCUUGGAAUUUACAUGGAAUCGAAAUUUCAGACAUUUUGCACCACGAAGCACUGGGGUAUUGCCAAAAGGCUGUCGAACAUGAUUUGAUCUAUCCAUCAUUUUCAUCUGCAAGCACCACUACCACGAACACCAUGUCAUCAGAGGAGGAGACGAAUAAUACUCUAUCCUUGCACCUGGGACCUGCUGACAACUUUGGCAACCUUUUGAGCGAGGCAGACUGUAUCUUUGCUUACUCUACUGUCUUUUCGGCCAAGGUCUUUUCGCCUGAAUUACGAGCCUUGAUGUUGGGUCCGGAAUGGUCUCAGAUGCUGGGUAAAUUCUGCAAAGAUGGCUGCGUGGCAAUUACUACCGAUCGAGCAUUGGAUCCAACGUAUGGUUGGCAACUGGUGGACCGGUUGGAUGUCGAGAAUCGUGAAGUUUUUGGGACUACAGGAUAUGUUCAUAUCUUGAAGAAACAAUAA